CGCAGACCGGACAGAGAACGGGCAGCAUCGAGCCCUCAGCCCACACCCUCAGUCAGCGACUCCAACCUGGACGUCAGUCAUUGUGUCAUUUCCCACAGCUGUGCCGCACAACACCGGAGGAGGGUUCGUUCAGAACCGAGUCAGCUUCGCGCCCGCUUCUGCUGCAAAGCCCUCGCAUUAAGAUGUACUUUAGGGGGAAGAAACAACUAAAGGUUUGCUUUAUCAUCUCCUUUGUGCUUGUGGCAUUGGCUGUGCUGCAGAAAAACAGCAACACAAACCAGGAGUCACAGAGCGUCUUCCAGAAGUCCAGCUCCCCACGGGGCAGACAGGUUGUCAAUUUUUUGAACUUCUUCACGCUGAUGGACGACUUCUUGAGUCCAAGUAAAACAGAGACAACUGCCACAGAGACAAAAUCAGUAACAAGGAGGGAAACCAAACAAUGGGAUAUAACAGCCAUCAACUGUACUCCCAGCAACAUCACUCGCACUGAGUGGUUGAAUGGCUUGGAACCAAACUUUGAACAGUUCUUACGAUACAGACACUGCAGGUAUUUUCCAAUGAUUCUCAAUCAUCCUGAGAAAUGCAGCAGCAACAUCUAUCUUUUGAUCAUUGUUAAAUCCAUCAUAACACAGUAUGAUCGAAGAGAAGUGAUCAGGAAAACAUGGGGCAAAGAAAUGGAGCUGGAUGGGAAGCAAAUUAAAACAUUGUUUCUUUUGGGCACUUCAUCCAUUGAAAAUGAAAGGUUGCAUCAUCAAAAGCUCUUGGAAUAUGAAAACAUAAUUUAUAAGGAUAUUCUACAAUGGGACUUUAUGGACACUUUCUUCAAUCUCACCUUAAAAGAGGUUAAUUUUCUCAAAUGGUUUUCUACUUACUGUGAGAAUGUUGAGUAUAUAUUUAAAGGAGAUGAUGAUGUGUUUGUGAGCACAAAGAAUGUUCUUGAGUUUCUUCAUGCACCCAACUUUCAGAAUCUUUUUGUAGGUGAUGUAUUGUACAAGGCCAAGCCAAUUAGAAAGAAGGAAAAUAAAUAUUACAUACCUGAAGGAUUAUACAAUAAAACUUACUAUCCACCGUAUGUAGGAGGUGGUGGAUUUUUGAUGGCUGGUUCACUGGCAAGGAGAUUACGUAAAGUGUCAGAAAGUUUAGAGCUGUACCCAAUUGAUGAUGUUUUCUUGGGGAUGUGCCUAGAACUGUUGGGAAUAACUCCUAUACAUCACUGUGGCUUUAAGACCUUUGGACUUGUGAAGAACAAAAACAGUAAGAUGAAUAAAGAGCCUUGCUUUUACAAAAGCAUGUUGGUGGUGCACAAACUUCUGCCAACAGAGCUUCUAGAAAUGUGGAAAUUAGUUCAUAGCAGCAUUAGUUGUUCGAAGAAAAUGAAAUUACUGUAGGUAUGUCAUCAAAGCCAUUCUGGAGUUGGGUGUAACUUGUAAUGUGAAAGCAAAAUCUUGUGAUAUUCGAUAAAGAAGAAUGUACAUUUAACUUAUUUUUCCAUCAACAAUCUCAAUUUUUAAUCUUUUUUCACCUGAAUCUUUGACUUGUUAUAUAGAAUUUAAAUGGUUCCAAGUGGAUUUGUAUUUAUGUAUUAUUCAUUGCCUAAAAAUGGAAUGAUAGAAAAUAUAACAUUUUCAUGAAAAUAUGUAGAGCUAUAAUUUUUGAGAACUUAAUUUCACAAUAAUGAAAAAAACAAUUAGAGUAUAUCUGAAUAUUGGCAGCACACCCCUGUUUCUAUGAUUACUGCUCAGAUCUCUUUGAUCAUGUUAAAUGUGGAUACCAUUGUAGUUGGAGUAGUGAUUGUGAUUAUAAAACAAAACAUUUUUCUCAACAAAGCUACUCUCUGCAGAGGCUCUAUGCAAGUUUCCCUCUCAGCUUUAAAUCUAUUCUUCAUACAUUAGAGGGAAUGAAAUUCUGUAAUAAUUCAUUUUUGACCUUGUAUUUUUAAUACCCCACACACCAUUUGUGUUUCGUCUCCUAAAACACUUAUGUAGAAAACAGUUUCUUCUGUAACACAAGCAUGAAUCGAGUUUGAUUGGACCUUUAAAGUGUGUACCUACACGAUGGCAUGAGCUGAGUUUCUCUAAAGAAGUUCUCUUCAUAAAAGUCAUUACAAUUUAGGUCAGUGGGUACUUGGUGCAAAUCUGUCUCUGGAACCUUGAAAAGGAUUAAUACACAAAUCCUGGGGUUGUGGGGUGGCGGUGAAGCUUAUUUUCUUAGCAAAGUGGUUUCAAAUGGAAAUUAAUCAUCUCCAUGGUACCAGACUUGUCAGUCAAACUCAGUUCUUCUUAAGCUGGGUGGAUUGGCUUGAUUUGGAGUGGCAGCCCUUCCUGACCAUGUACCUAGAAUAUGAAAUAGGAUUCUUGCCCUUGGCUGAAUGUUAGUGGACUUCUUUCGUGACACAUACCAGCUCAGCAAACCUUUUUUAGAAUUCUAAGCCAAUGCCUGUUAAGUUAAUGUGUAAAAUAUUAUGUUAGAUGUUCAUUUGACUCAAUAUCUUAAGAUGUUGCUUUCUGAAGUGGAUUUCCCAAAUACUGUUAUAGUUUGAUUCAGAAAAGCAGCAGUAACAUUGUGACUUGGCCCAUAAUCUAGAAAUAUCAAUGGGAGUUCCACUACAAAUUUUUUAAAGAAAGUUCUAGGAAAUAUUUGGAAUCAGCAGAGAGCAGUGAUAACAUGUAGACCCUAGUUUAAGAGAUAUUUGGUAGGAAGUUAUGACCACUGAGUGAAAUGUCCAUGAUUAGUUCAUGUUUGGGAAAAGAAAAAUUAUGUUGCACCUCAUUGGGGCAUCAUGUACUAACUCUCAAGCAUCUGCAGUGAUCAAUAGUUUAAGGAAAUAAUUUGGGCAGUAUUAUUUCUUUCAACCCUUAAGACAUUUUAAUUUAAGACUAACAUAUUUCUGAAAUUGUUAUUAAUACAUUCAUUUAUUAUAGUUUGUACAUUUCCUGCCUUUGAAAUCAAUGGGAGAAUAUCCCCUGUCUCUCACUGAACAUGGUACAGAUUUCUGUUGUGAGUGUAGGCCACUAAAGUAGCAUAUCAACCAAACUUCCUUGCUCAUGUGGAACUCCAUAAAGAGUCAGAUGAUGAAGUGCAACCUAGAGCCCAGUGUUAAAGUAAUUGUCAGUUUCUAGUUUUCUGUUUUUGUUUCUGUGUGCUGUGGGAAUCCUGAAGCUGCUGUUAAUCCUAACUAAGUCUCGAAUAUAUUUUGCAAUAGGAUCAAAAUAUAGCAGAUUGAUUUAAUUGCAAAUUUUGCGAUAGUGGGAGAACUUCAUCCCUUAUUAAUCACUUGUUAUUUUAAAACUGUUUUCAAGUUUAUACAUUAAUUCAUUAAACCUUUUAUGCAAUUGAAUGAACUGUGAUUUCCCCAAGAACCCAACAAAAUUAUGCUGUCCAUUUCAAGCCACUGAGAAAUUUCUUGCCUCCCCUUCCUCAGAACCCAAUAAGUGACCUACUUCUUACUUUUAUUUCCAGUGGUUACUGAUGUGGUGUAUUGUCAAUAAUUUCUAGAAAGCUUCUGUGCACCAGAUCCAUUGCAUUUCCCAUCCAGAACCAUCAUUUUCUCAAAGAAUUUGGUCCAGUUUAUUGAUCUUCAGUUCCAGUAUCGGAGAGGUCACUGCUGUAGGGCAGAUUCUAUAUUGCAAUAUCUUCCUUGAUUGUUGAGUCUACAAUCUACUGCAAGAGCUGUGGGGGGUGGGGGGAGUAGUGCUUCAUGUAUGGAAUCACUGAAAAAAAAUGUUAACUCGAGUUUUGAGAAAGUUCAUAAUUUGUUGAGCUCUGAAAUUAAAACUCAUUGGAAAAUUUUGUAAAUGGGAAUGUCUGAUUCUGAAGUAUAGCAGGACAAUUAUGUUUCAAUUCGUGCAUGGAACUGUUUCAUUAACUUAAAAAUGGUUACUGGCAAAGUUUGCAUGUGAAGUACUUUGCCGUGCAGCUGUGAAAACAAUGAUGUACUCUGUUUACCUCAAAAUUAUUGGUAGGUUGACAAAUGUUAUAAGUGCCAAGCAACUCCUUGGGCUCCAUGUCAGGAUCCCUGCCCAGAUCUUAAACUGUACAGAAUGAAAGUGAAUAUUAGCAGACUUUUUGAAGUUUUGAAAGGAUAGCCAGCAACAGAAGGCAAAUAGGUCCAAUGAAGGAUGAGAUCACAACAGUGAGUGAUAUUAUUGGCUCAGUAGCCCAAAAUAUGGAAUCACUUUGGGUGCAGAUAAGAAACAGUGUAAGAGGUUUCCAUAGGACCAGUGCAUUGGCCCCCGUAGUGUGGCAAUGCAGUAGAUCAGAUUGUAAACCAAGAAAUAAUGGGGUUCUGUAGUAGUUUGGUAUUUUAAUCAACAUUUUGAAUGGACAAAUUGUAUUAGCAAAGUUACUUCACCAGGUGAGUGUGGAGGUGGGGACUGGUUAACCAACAGAAAACACAGUCCAUAUAAAUUGGUAAUUUUUGGAUUGACAGGGUACCCCAGGGAUCAGUGCUGGGUCCUCAACUAUUAAUAAUCACUGUUACUGAUUUGCAUCUCAGGACGAAGUAUGCGGUAUCCUUUUUGUUAAUGGUACAAAGGUAGAUGGGUUAACGGGUGUGAGGAGGACACCAAAGCCAGAAAAGGGGCAUCAGCAGGUUAAGUGAGUGGGAAAGGUGUGCAUAUGAAGAUGUCUGUUAAAUGUUCUUGCCAUUUCUGCCUCCACCACCAUCUCUAACAGCUCAUUCCAGAUACCAACUAUUCCCUGUGUGAAAAAUUACCCCUUGGCUCCCCUUUAAAUGUCCUCCCUCUGGACUUACACCUAUGCCCACUCGUUUUACACACCCAUACCAAGGGAACCAAACUCUGUUUAUCCUCCCUGGUGCUUCUCAUAAUUUGUAUUGAGUAAAUGAAUUGUAGAAUCUGGUGGAAGCACAAAGAGAAUUAAACAGGAUUAGUGUAGAAAGGUGUUUGAUGGUUGCUAUGGACUUAAUGGGCCAAAGAAUAAGUUUCCCUGCAGCAUGGCCCUUUGACUCUAACAUGAGAGGAUCUAAUUGCAACAUCUAAGCUUCUGGAGGAUUGAUAGGAUGACUGUUGAAAGGAUAUUCCUUUAAGUGCAGUGUUGUAGAAAUAGAGGGGCUGGUUUCAGAACAAGGGAUUUUCUAGGUUGGAUACUGAUGAGGAUGAAUUUCUUCUUUGAUGCUUGAGGCUCUUUGGAAUUGUCCACCCCGGAGAACUGUGGAGGUGGAGUCACUGAAUAUAUUCAGAUGAAGGCUAACAGAUACUACAGGAUACAAAGGUAGUGGCAGACAGUGGGGAAGUGGUGGUACAGCCAGGGUUGGAUCAGCUUUCAUCUUACUGAAUGACAGAGCAUUAUGACCAAUUUACAGCAAAACCAUUUCAGUUAUGUAUGCCCACAAACCUUAACAUCUCUCUCCAGUUCAUCCCUUGUGUUUUUAUCUGAACUUUAUUUCACACAUUGGAGGGAGACAAGCAACAUUAAAACAUUACAAGCAACUAAUUUCAUGCUUUAUUAAAUUGCUUUAGCUGAAUUAUUCUGAGUUGUUUGCUUUGAUUUAUUUGUCAGUUUUGCUUUGUUCUUGUGCUUAAAUUCAUUUUUGUAGAACUAUUUAAAUUCAUAUAAACAGGAGUAGAUGAGACAGGAAAUUGUUAAUUAGGAUAAAGCAAUGAAUAAUCUAUUUUUCAGCUAUAUUUUCAAUGGUGGGUUGGUCAUAAUGCACAUUUUUAUGUUGAUGUUCAAACAAAGCUU